CUUGAGAAAUGUGGUCAGGAGACUUUUGUGCUUUGUAUAAUUCGAAUAUAAUUGCUUCAAUUAUUCAUCCAUUCUUAUGAUGAACCAACCUUAGUAGUGUUAAUAAUUUACCACCUAUACUUUCGGUUGGCGUAGCCAUAGCUGAAGUCUGUUUCUUUCUGUCAGGCAAAAAAAAAAUAUGAACAGAAGUUUCUUUACGGCAUUCUUUGGUUUCAUUAUUGCCACUCUUAGUUAUAUUCAAACUUUCAAUGUAGACUUUGAGUAUACAGUUGUAAAAUCUGGACCAAAAGACAGCUUGUUUGGCUUUUCAGUAACAGAGCACCAUGAUGGUAAAGGUCCUUGGAUGCUUGUAGGGGCUCCUCGUGGAAUGAAUGCAGAGCUUAAAAAAUUUAACGUAAAUUCAUCUGGCACAGUGUUUCGAUGUAAAGCAACUGAUCCAAGCACUGCCUGUGAUGGGGAAGUUAACUUCGAUGACGAAUUGAAUAGUAAUUAUGAAUCCAAAAAAGACCAAUGGUUUGGUGUUUCCCUAAAAAGUGGAGGGCUAGGAAAAAAUAUUAUUAGUUGUGCUCAUCGCUAUGAGUAUUAUGGGAAAUCACGAUCCUUCCGUUUGCUUGAAGGAAAGUGUUGGAGGGUAGAUGGUGCAUUUUCUCAGCUGUCUGAGUUGCAAGCAUGUAGAUACAUAAAUAAUGGAGGUAAUGUCCCAACACACGAUUCUUAUGGGCAAUGUGAAAGUGGCGUUGCUGUUGAUAUAUUGCCCGAGGUGAAUGAUGAAACAAGUUAUUUAAUUGGAGCUGUGGGCUCCCUAGGAUUCACAGGGCGUGUUUUUGACAUAAGUACUGAUGACACAAACAAGCAAUAUGAAAAUCCGAGAAUUGAUGAUAGCUACUUUGGAUAUGCCGUUACCUAUGGGAAAUUUCUCAAUAAAGACAAAUUUACAAUUGCCACAGGAGGACCAAGAUACAAUAGUUUUGGAAAGGUUUUGCUGUUCACAGACAAGUCUUUCAAAUCUGUAGUGCAAAGUAUACCAGCGAAGGAUAGUGAGAUUCAAAUUGCAUCUGGGUUUGGCAUUGCUCUUUGUUCAAUUGAUGCUAACGGAGACGGAUUCUCAGAACUGAUCGUUGGGGCACCAUUCCAUUCAAAUGCUGAUAACCAACGUCCGAACCAGGGAUUAGUGUAUGUUUAUUCAAAAAAAGAUGGAGAGGACAAAAUGAGCCUAAUGAGGACACUCCAAGGUUUUACGUCAAAAGGUGGAAUGAAGGCUUACUCUAGUUUUGGUUAUGCUGUAGCUAAUGCAGGCGAUCUGAAUCUAGAUGGUUAUGAAGAUCUUGUUAUUGGUGCUCCACACCAAGAUGGUGGUGCUGUAUACAUUUAUCAAGGAUCUGAUGCUGGUCUGACCAAUGAACCUUCACAGUAUAUUCCUGCAUCAACUGUGUUUACUGGACUCAAUGGAGAUGUCCUUAGUUUGUCAGGAUUUGGGAAAUCAUUUGGCACAGGAAUGGACCUUGAUCAAAAUGGCUACAAAGAUAUUUUAGUUGGAGCAUAUCUCUCUGACCAGGCUGUGCUUUUAAGGAGUCGGCCUGUGAUAACUCCUCAUAUAUCUUUAUCAUUUCAACCGAAGCAAUUAAAAACAGAAAAGAAUUGCAUCGCCAAAAUUGGAAAUACUACUUGUUUUGACAUGAUUUUUUGUGUUAACUUUACGGAAUCAUCUGGAAAGUUGUAUAACAAGAGUGAUGAUGAAAUUAAAAUACAAUACACUUUUACGGCAGAUGUCAAAGUGAAGAAACCACGAGUUCGAUUUAGUUCAGGAAAAACAAUGCACACAGUCAUCAAAGCAACCAAAAAAAAGUCUGAGUGUGUAACAAUGAAAGGGAUGUACCUUGUUUAUAACGAGGAGGACAACACUAUUCCCAUUUAUCCAGACAUUACAUUUGAAGUUGCAUACGAUUUACCAUACAAUGAUGGUCUUGAGAAACCGGGGAAAAGUACAUCACAAGUUGUUAACUUAGAUGCUUAUCCUUCAUUGACAGAAAGUUACAAGGGUGGCGAGAAGAUGAAAUACACUCAUGCAUUAAAUUUCGAGUUAACCUUUCAACGGGAGUGUGAAAAAUGCAUUCCAGAUUUGUCAAUCAUUGCAGAUAAAAAUUAUUCUGUUGGAUUUGGGAAGAAAACAUUUAAGUUUAACAUGACCAUCAAGAACUCAGGAAGAGACCCUGCCUAUUCUGUUGGUUUUAAAUUCGACUUCAAGAAGGAUUUGCAAGUUGAAAGUGUCACUGAUGAGACUGACAAAGCAGAAGCAUGUCCGAAUUCAGUUUGCGAAGGGAUUUUUAAUCAGAUUUCACAAGGCAAAGAGGUAACAGUCGAGGUUGUGCUGAACACAGAGAAAUUUCAAGCAACAAGUCCUAAUACAUUUUCCGUCACUGUUACGAGUGCAAACAGUGAUUUAAAUGACACCCUCUCUGAUAACACCGUGACUAUCUCGCUGGAAUUGAAAGUUGACGCAGAUAUCCAAUUGUUACCAGGAACGUUCACUCAACAAGUUUUAUAUACUGGCAUUAUAAAUGGUGAAUCUGCGAUGAAGAAACUCUCGGAUGUUGGUAAAACGGUUGAUCAUAAAUUCCUUGUUCUCAACAACGGCCCUGAUGUUCUUCCAAGUGCACAGUUAAGAAUACGCUGGCCUUAUGAAACACUUUCCGGAAAGCAUCUUCUCUAUAUUGUCAAAGUCGUCAAGACCUCCAGAGCUACAAAUUGUGUUACGCCACAACAAAAUCUCCUGAAGAUACCGGGGGUAGUAAAUGAUCCUGUAGCGUCGAAAUUCACAGCGACUGUCGAUAGAAACAUGGAAUCAAAAUCUUCACGAAAGCGGACUAGAAGAGAUGCGGGAACGAACACCACAGAUGCACCGUCCACUAACGCACCUGUAACGGAAGCAUCUGGGGAAGCCACCACUGCUGUGCCUGGAAGUGGAGUCGGUGAUACCCGUAAGAAAGAUGGCCUAGUUUUGGAUUGCAAAACAGCAAAAUGUGUUGAUAUCGUGUGUACCUUCGAAGAUGUUCAAGUUGGCAAAACAGAAUUUAUCACGAUCAAAUCAAGAUUGUGGCAAUCGUCCGUGCUAAUUGAUUACUAUGGGGAAGUUCUCACAAUUGUGUCCGAAGGUAGAGUUGAUAUUGGAACGAAUGCAUCCUACAUAUUUGAUCCCGACAUGGGCAACAAUGCUCUCGAGCUCUUUACGAUCGUGAACCCAGACUUUGCUCCUAAAGAGAAAGAACGGAAGCUGUGGGUGUACGUGAUCGCAGCAUUAGCUGGUGUAGUCUUACUGGCCUUGUUAAUAUGUGGCUUAUGGAAGCUUGGUUUCUUUAAAAGAAAGCGUGUGGAUAGCAGUAAGUAUGGUGUUAAAAGUGGAAAAGGCGACAAAUCACUACUCGCUAAAUAGAUUCGGUUGGCAAAAAAUACUACAGACUAGACUAAGUUGGCCAUUCAAACUAGUUAACUAAUUCAAAAAUAUAUGUUGGAUAAUUAAAAACUUGGAUAACCGUUGGAAGACUGAGCAAUAUUUAGAACAAAAGACAUAACCCAAUUACAAUGUUUUUAAAUGCAUUAUUAUUUUAUUUUUUAUGAUAGCUGAAAGUUCUAGCUAACAAUUUUAGCGCUUAAAAGGCGUGGUUUCAAUGCAGAUAUGUUGCGUUUUUUUAUAACUUUAAUAUUAAAACCUGGUUUUCACAUACGAUAAAGUGGGUGUGAAAUAAUCAGUUAUGCUUUUUGUUGUUUCCUCUACGCGAAAUAAGAUGCGUGGAAACCACAUCUUUUACGAAACUGUCAAGUUUUUAGACGAACCAUCUAGAAGAUAUACUUGUUAGUCAAUAUAGGUAUGCACUAUAAAAUGCACAGGCGACCAUACUAAACGCAUUAAUUAACCAAAUAACCAAUCAACACCGAGUGUUUAAACACGUUAGCCAAUCAACGCUAUGUGUUUUAACACGUUAGCCAAUUAACGCAAAGUAGCGUUAUGUUUUUAAUGUCUCUACUGGAAAUCUGGUGUGUUUAGCGAAUAUUCUAUACGAUGUAGUAUUGUAGCCUCAAGAGUUUUCAAGAAGAAUUUCUCGAUUCUUUAAAGAAGAUAGCUUUACAGGGUUUUUUUUUCAACUAGAACCUUUAUUUUUCUUUUUUAUUUAUAUAUAAUUUUUUUCAUAUGUGCACAUAUUUUUUAUUUACUGUAUUAACUAACUUACCAACAAAAGGUCGAUCAACAGAAAGCAUAUACAGUCUAUGUUGUUCCUAACAAGUAGCUUAUUAGAAUUUCUUAGCAUUAUUUGGUAAUGCGCAAUUACAAAUGAUAAAGACGCAGGGCUUAUUAAUCUCAAGUAUAUAUGAACAGAUAGCCGGUAAUUGUUAACCUCUUUAUGAAUGACAUGAUUUUAAUGUCUUUUUUCAUUCGUAUGUUACUGUCUUUUUAACCGUGCGAAUGCAAAAAUAAAGUCAAAAAAUGUCUUCCUUUGUAAUCAUAGGUGUAUGUUUUUUUUUUCAUGUUAGAAGUCCACAAGUAGAUGUAAACUGUAUCCAAAAAUGGCUAUUUAUUGUUGCCACAGUAGUAUCAUUUUUUGUGCAUUUGUUUUAUACAGUUUAUUUUAAAGAACGUGUAAAAAUAUUUCAUUUUCUAA